ACUUUAGGUUCCCUUAGCACUGAAAAGAGCCGUCAAAGCUGCUGCAACCCGCGAGUAAAAGCCGCUGGACCCAUUUACACGACCGUCAGGAAAGACCCCGAACACGCGAAGGAUAGCCAGGAGGCUUCCUUCAAACGACAGGUGGAGCUUGGCUCUGGAAAGGAGAACCAAGGUGAGAGCCCUUGCGCGCCUCCUGCCGAAGGAAACGGGGCCCCGCUCCGCACCAGCACCCGCUCGCUCGCUUGCUCAUGGCAGCCGCGUCCUUCCCGCGCUACUGCUGCAAAGGGACCCCCACCUCCAGGGCUCGCCUCUGCGAGUCCCUGCAUCUGCGGAGGCCUCUGAGCCACGGCUCCAAGCAGGAAGGAGGAAGCAGCAGCAGCAGCAGCAGCCGCGCCUCCACGGCCAAAGCAGCGGCGACUGAGCGGCCGGCUGCUGGUGAGCCCAGCGGGCAACGCUCCGCGGAAGCCGAGAAGGAGGAGCGCGCCUGUGUGGGCAGCGAAGGGUUAACAGAAGCGGAGGAAAGGCUCGUGCAGCUCCACGAGGAGGCAUGCGCAGCCGGACAGCAUACUUAUGUGGAUCCAGUCACCUGCUACCUAGUACUCACUAAAGUUGCCCAUUUGCAGAGGGGACACUGCUGUGGUUCUUCCUGCAGACACUGUCCGUAUGGUCAAACAAACGUCAAAGAUCUGUCCAAAAAGAAGCGGUUCAAUUCCUUUUUCUAUGUUUGACGAGCGAAGUCUUUUGCAUCAUACCAUGAAGACAGGAGGAAAAUAAUCAGCCAUCACUCCCACCUCUUCCUUCUUUUCUGCCCCCUACAGCUUCCAGAUUUUGCAUAUUGGUGUUCCUUUGACCUCUGCUGUUCCGUAUCCUGAAUAUUUUCCAAUUCUAAUAAUAAAAAAUCCAUAUGUGUGCCAGUGAUGCUGAGCCAUUGACAAGGCCUUCUGUGGCUACAAAGAGAUUGUUGCUUUGCCUUCCAAAUUCAUCAGCAAGUAGAGGGGGAAACAGCCAUUCUGGAGUUAGCUUUAUUUUGCUUAGCAGUGUUAUGCUAUUCUUUGGGAAACACUUCAAGGGCUUGCCAUGUAGAAUUCUAUUAAAUCAAGACAACAUUAAAAAGACAAAUUCUAUUCUAGCACAAC